AUGGAAAUCCCCAUCGACCCCGGCCGUCCAAUCAAACAUGUCAGUCGCAAGGCCCUCUACACCCGGCUCGAGGCCCGCAUCAACUACCUCCGCGACAUGCUGGACUUCAAUUCCAGUGACGUUGAAGCGCUGGUUGGCGGUGCCAAGUACAUCAAAGCGUUGAUCCCGGCCAUCGUCAACAUCGUGUACAAGAAACUGCUCGAACAAGACAUCACCGCGCGGGCCUUCCACACGCGAGACACCGCCGACGACACCCCCAUCGAGGAGUUCUAUACCGAGGAGAGCCCCCAGAUCCAGCGGCGGAAGAUGUUCCUCCGCUGGUACCUGAUCCGUCUGUGCUCGGAUCCCACGCAGAUGGAUUUCUGGCGGUACCUGAACAAGGUUGGAAUGAUGCACUCGGGCCAGGAACGCCUCCACCCGCUCAACAUCGAAUACAUCCACAUCGGUGCCCUGCUCGGCUUCAUCCAGGACAUCUUCACCGAGGCCCUCAUGUCGCACCCGCAUCUCUCCAUGAGCCGCAAGGUGGCGCUCGUGCGGGCGAUCAGCAAGGUGAUCUGGAUCCAGAACGACCUCUUCGCCAAGUGGCGCAUCCGCGACGGCGAGGAGUUCGCCGACGAGAUGUCCGAGGUCAUCAUCGACGACCGCGAAGGGUACCUGGGGGAGAAGAAGAUCCUGGGCGACGGCAGCAGUGGGAGCUCCAGCGACGACGACCGCUCGAGCAUUGCCAGCAGCACGGCGCCGUCGGCCACGUCACCGUGUCCGUUUGCGGAGAUCUCGCGGUCGAUGUCCAAGUCGUCGUCCGAGACGAAGAUCUGGGCGGGGAAGUAA